AUGCGCGCCGCGCCGCCAUCCGCGCGGCUCCUGCUGCUGCUGCUGCUCGCGCUCCUGGCCGCGCCGGGCCCCCGCGCCAGCAGAGCCGAGUCCGCUCCAGCGCCGCGGCCCGACCCUGAGCCCCAGACGCGCCCGCAGCCCGGCCCCAGCUCCGGGAACGCUACCCGGCCGGGGACCGGGGCGGCGGCGGGCGGCGGCGGCAGCUCCAACAGCAGCGGCGACGCCCUGGUGACCCGUAUCUCCAGCCUGCUCCGCGAUCUGCCCACCCUAAAGGCGGCCGUAAUCGUGGCGUGCGCCUUCAGCGCUAUGCUCAUCGCCUGCCUGCUGCUGCGCGUCUUCAGGUCGGGAAAGAGGUUAAAGAAGACCCGGAAAUAUGACAUUAUCACCACUCCAGCUGAGCGGGUGGAAAUGGCCCCGCUGAAUGAAGAGGAUGAUGAAGAUGAAGACUCCACAGUAUUUGAUAUCAAAUACAGGUAAAACCUUAUUCCCAACCUGUUGGCAUGCUGUGGAAAGCUGGCCAGCCGCAGCCUGGGGUGUGAAGGACCUGGAAGCUGUCUCGUCCAUCCGAGGUGUUGAGACCAAAACAAACUAUUUAUAGAACUCUGGCACCAUAGCGUGCACGACCUUCUGCUCAGAAUGCCACCGUGGGGCUUCUUGUUUCCAAAUCACCACACCAGAGGCACCUCAGCCACCCUUGGGACGUCUCUUCCAAAUGCCACUCCUCCUUCUCCCUCUUUGAAGAGGCAUUUGCCUUGCUAAGGGGUGAAGGGUAGAAACGUUUUUUUUUUUUUUUUUAAAUAAGCAAGUAUUGACGAAAGUAAAACAGAACAGGAGGAUCAAGAACCUAAAAAAAACCUGUGGGAUAUUCAGCUGUACAAUUAGGGUUUUGGUACUCUGCUCUCCUGGGUCCAGGUUAUGGACGUGUGGCCAGUAGUGGUCUGUUGGCUUGGUCAAGUUCUGGCCUUAUUUUCAUGACGGCUGUGUGAAAUGUCAGAGUGAGAGUGGUCAGAGCUGGUCAGUCCCUACCGGAAGUGUACCCAUGUUUGUGGCUCCUUUUCUUUCUUUUGUUUUAAAGGGUUUAGCAGACUUAGGCAUGACUAGUUCACAAAGAAUUUUGAGUAUCAGGGAAAAAAGUAUGUAUGUGUGUGUGUGUGUAUGUGUGGUUUGUGUGUGCAUGUGUGUUUUUAUGUGUAUAUGCAUGUGUGUGUUUGUCUAUGUAUGUGCAUACGCAUGUUUGUGGGUAUGUGUGUGUAUGGAUAUAUGUGUAUGUUUGCAUGUGUGUGUAUAUAUAUGUGUGUAUAUACACACACACACACACACACACACAGAGAUACAGUAAUUUCUCUUUCUUUGAAGGGAAAGGAAAGUGCUAGGUGACUUUUCAUUGGUGUCAUCCUUUGUGCUCUUUUGUAUUUUUCUGCCCUGACCCAAUUCUUAGAGAUAUAACUUUAAAAAAAUCAGGGUAAUAAUUUAAAUGGAUGGGGAUUUGGUUGGCUGGAAGAAGCAAGCAUGCUGUUAAGGACUCGAGUUAAAUUUCAUCUAGGCCAGGCUAGACCAGAGACCUUCUGACCCUGGAGACUGCUUGUCACUGUGGGAAGACCCCUUGGCAGGUGUGGGCCGAGGUUCUGGUGGGUGGCUUAUUGAGGAGCUAGGGAAGUGAGGACUUGAUUGUGACAAUUCCCUGAGAUCUGUUGGCUUCUGGAAGCAGGGGGCCCUAGGCUGGCUUCUCAGGUGGAUAAAGGCUUUUAGCUGUCUUCCCAGGGUUGAGGUUAUUUGCGCUUCUGUUUAAAGUCUAUUAGCAACUCCUUUCAGGCGCUGGACUUCUGUUCUCUCUGGAAAGGUGUUUUGUUUUUAUUUGGUCCCUCUUUUCUUCUCUGGAGCUGCUCCAGGGUUUGUAUGUUCCCCUCUUUAUUGUCUUACCCCUUGGCUUUGGGUGAAAACUCCAGCCUUUUCCGAUAGCUCCUAUUUUCAGCUUCUUCAGUUUCCGGAGAAGGGCUAUGGUGGUGGGAGUACGUGGGAGGGGCUGUCAGUGUUGUGGGGUCCCCCGCUUCCCGAGGCCCAUCGGGGCACUCUGUGGCCCUAGCCUCUUCAGAAGGCACGCUGGCCUCUGCAGAAAAGGGGAGAACCCUCGGCAAGAGCCCUUCUGUGAAUAGCUCUUCCUGCUGCAGGGGGUGGACACCUGGCACCUGCUGCUCCGCUGCUAUUUUGAUUUCACUUCUUUUGUUGACUUUUCUUCUUUCUCCCCGUUUGCCAGAGGGGUGGGGCUGGAAGCAAUGGCUGUGGCUGCUUUCUCUGCCCCCUCCACAGUGUACUCACUGGCCCAUGUGGUGGCCGAGAGGAGCCCGGGCCACUCAGUCUUCACCUUCUGAACCUUCCAACUGGAACGCUGGCUCGCAGGAGUGUUUUUGACAACUGCAGCGGAAGCACCCGUGGACAAGCUGGAUUCUUCUGCCUUCUGUAUAAGGCCCCAUCUGCCAGGUGCUGGCCGCUGUCCUGUCAGAAGUGGCCCCUAAGAGUGACCUUCUCGGUGGAACUUCAGCACAGGAGGUUACUAAAUAAAAACACUUUAGACCUGAA